GCGCGCCAAGCUCGGGUCCGCGCUCGCCCCGGCUUCGGAGUUACCGGAGAAGUCCUGCACCGAGCUCUGGUCGUGGAUGCUCGCCCCGCAGACGGGAGCUGGGGGUGAGGCCGCCACAGGCUCACAGCCUCCGCUCACGGCCGUUGCGCUGAAGAAAUGAGUGGUGGCUUGGCUCCAAGUAAGAGCACGGUUUAUGUAUCCAACUUGCCCUUCUCCCUCACGAACAAUGACUUAUACCGGAUAUUUUCCAAGUAUGGCAAAGUUGUGAAGGUUACUAUAAUGAAAGACAAAGACACCAGGAGGAGUAAAGGCGUUGCAUUUAUUUUGUUUUUGGAUAAAGACUCUGCUUUAAACUGCACCAGAGCAAUAAAUAACAAACAGUUAUUUGGUAGAGUGAUAAAGGCAAGCAUUGCUAUCGACAAUGGAAGAGCUGCUGAGUUCAUCCGACGGAGAAACUACUUUGAUAAAUCUAAGUGUUAUGAGUGUGGGGAAAGCGGACAUUUAAGUUAUGCCUGUCCUAAAAACAUGCUUGGGGAACGUGAGCCUCCAAAGAAGAAAGAAAAGAAGAAGAAGAAGAAAGUUCCUGAACCAGAAGAAGAAGUCGAGGAAGUAGAAGUGAGUGAAGAAGAAGGGGAAGACCCGGCUCUGGACAGUCUCAGUCAGGCCAUAGCAUUCCAGCAAGCCAAAAUUGAAGAAGAACAGAGCAAGUGGAGACCCAGUCAAGGGGGCCCCUCAACCUCAGACGAUUCUAGACGGCCAAGGAUAAAGAAAAGUGCAUAUUUCAGUGAUGAAGAAGAACUUAGUGAUUGAAACUGUAUUUAUUUUGUAAAUAUUAUUCAAAUAAAAUUGUAAUGUACAAAAUGCA